AUGCCGCCUCUCUCUCUCUUCCUUCGGGCCACCGCGGCCGCGGUUGUAGGGAACGCGGUGACCCCUUCCCAGUAUGCACUGUGUGCUCCAGCGUUUAGUUCUUCAGUAUUCGGCGCACCGGAUGCACGCACACUAGAUGCUCUUGGGAGCAUACGACUUCAGGAUCAGGAUAUUCCGUGGGAGAUCGAAUCCGACGAUUUUCACCGCGGCUACGAGGCAAACACGACACAGCUGCAGAUUCUCCGAUUGCGCGCUGAGUACGUAGACUCGACCGGUGGCAAGUCACCUGUGAUGCGUGUUGUCGGAUUCUUCCCUGGGGUUCCCACUUCUACCGUGUAUGAGUACCUCACCAAUGUGACUCUUCGGCGCGGCUGGGACCGUAACUACACCCAUUUUGAACAGUUUGCGGGAAACUGCCCUUCUACACUACCUGACGCCGAGGUGUUGCGUCGACCCCUCGCCACUGUGGCGAAAAAGUUCUCCCAUUGCUGCGGCGAUGAGUGCACCCUUAUUCCAGAUGUUGCUGACGUCAUGCUGGACCAUGGUUGGUUCUGCCACCGCGUCGGCGGUUCUGUGCUCCGCCGCUUCGGCCUGGCGGACCGGCUGUUUCAGUACGAGCGUCUAUCCUACGCCUACAGCUUCCGUGAAAGCGCUGCGGACAUGUCUGGGGACGUUGGCACCUCUACUAAAAUGUACGACAUUAUUUUCAGCGGCUCCAAACGCGCGCGUGAGGAGGCUUCCGCAGCUGCACCAUCGCUUCGUGACUGGAUCCAGGCGAACCGCGAGGCGGUGCCGUGUGAAGAGGUAGACAUGAAUUUCCAGCAUGUGGUCCUCGUCCCGAUCGCCGAAGCAGAGGCGCAACUGUUUUGCAACUCCGACCAGCUUCGCCAGCUCUGCACAAUGGGAAGCAUGCUCGAUGUAAGAAGCACCAAGCUAGUUUACGAUGUUUGGAAGGAUACGCAGUCCCGUACGACACGUGGGACGGCACUGUUACCCGGCACCCUUCUUGUCAUUACCUCUGCAAGCAAUGUCGGUAUACCACCGCUGCUGCCGCGGUGGGCGCAGAAGACGAUUAUGGGCAGCAUAUCAAGGAAGGCUUACGACCAACUAUUGAAGGUGUGCCUGGAGGACGGGAGUGGCGAAGUCACGAAAUGA